AUUAACCGCUAUUUUGGACCGAUAUAUCACUGAUAUAACCGAAAUAUAGAAUAUCGGUCCUGACCGAUAUUUUGUAUUUUGACCGCAGUAACAGCAUAGUUCCAUGGUAAAGAAGACCACAGUAUCAUAACCGACUCGAGAAACACUCUAGUCCUACUUGAGAUCCAGACGUAAUCAUGUGGUUGUAGAAAUCUGAUUAGAGAUAUUCGCAACAACUAUGGAUGAACAAUUGGCUGAAUCAUAUGUCAUUGUAUUUCAGAUACAUUCGCCUUAAAAUACAUUCGCCUUAAAAUACCUUCACAAUAAUCGAUCGAAUCUCCUUUUUCUUCAUUCUUCUCCUCCAUUUAUGAUCACUGUCUCGACUACGAGGCUAUCAUGGCUGAUUAGGAUUAAUUCCCUAGAUGGCCCUUUCAUUGGUGGUGGUAAAUCCUCCGGGUAAGACAACCGAUGAUGGAGGAUUGGUGUGGAGGAUAGUUUUGGAUCGGAUGGUAAGUAUCUCAGCCCAGGGUGUGGAACGAAACUUAUCAUUUUCAAUCCUCAUCACUGCGAAUUCCUGAGUGAUGAGAUUAUUCUGAUCACACGGAAGAGCUGUUGAAGAUAGGAAGCAAUGGACCAGAUCACCUUCUUCAUGGAUUUCAAUCUUCUAUGCACUUGUAUCUAUCUCCAUGGAUUUGGAACUACUCUGAUGCCAAUUUAUUAUGAAUGGGAUUGAUUCAAACAACUGAGAGUUUCAAUGGAAAAACAAUAUGGAAUGGAAACAGAGAACCAAAGCAUAUGUAUUUCACUGCUUAAAUGAAAAGGAACAUGGCUAUUCGAGAGGCUGUACUCUCCAACAUUACAAAGGAAAUAUCUGCAUGCCCUACACCUCCUACAUCUUCCCUUUUCAUACAGGAUUUAUUGCAAUGGCAGGGAGCUCAGCUGGUAUAGUUAUACAUGCCGUAUUUGUAUCAAAAGCAUCAGGCCUAAAGCUCAGAAAGUAUGCUGGUAUUACUUCAAUAGAAGUGUGGAUCAUCCCAAGCUAUGAGAACUCGGCAUGGUCAAUCAUGGCCAUAUCUUUCAUUUCCUUGCUGGCUAUGUCUGCGGUACUGGCAACUUGUUUCUUUGUCCGUAGGCAUCGCAUUAGACGAGAACGUCCACAAGCUUCUCGUGUUCGAGAAUUCCAUGGGAUGAGUAGUCGGCUGGUGAAAGCCAUGCCAAGCCUAAUAUUUACAGCUGUUUUAGAAGACAACUGCACGUCAGCAACAUGUGCGAUAUGUCUUGAAGAUUACAAUGUUGGGGAUAGGCUUAGAAUUCUGCCAUGCCGACACAAAUUUCACGCAAUUUGUGUGGAUGCUUGGCUAACUUCCUGGAGAACCUUUUGCCCUGUUUGCAAGCGUGAUGCGAGAACCAGCACGGGAGACCCACCAGCAUCAGAACGCACGCCAUUGCUUUCGGCUUCUGUGGCUUCGUCAACUAUAUUAUCUUCUACGUAUUCAUCAUCUUAUGCAUCUUCAAGAGCAAUACAAAUUGGCCAAGCAUCUCCACAUACAGGUUCUAAUAUCCAUUCUGUCUCUUCGAGCACUCGCUACAAUCUGCAGUCACUUCAAUCCCCAUAUCUUAGUCCAACACGAAGCUCAUUAGACAUUAGGAACGCUUCUUCACAUAGAUCUUGUGCCUCCCAUUUGAUCUCCUCAAACUCCUUGGGAUACCCUUCAUUGUCGCCACUAAAUUCCCGACACAUGUCUUCAUAUUAUCCCAGUCCAGUAAACGCUUCAUCAAGUUUUAUGUGGUCCUCUAGUCAGCAGCCUCAUCCUUUGCGCCAUGCUGACUCUGCUGCUAGCUUUUCUCCCUUUGCUUCAGCUCAGUCCCUCCCAGAAUGUUGAAACUAUCUAUCCAUCUAUAUCUAUCUGUACAUUAAUUCUACUUUCCGCUGAUAUUGUUGUGUUGCUUUUCAUCUUUAUUUCAUGUUUGUGAUCGGUGAGUUAUACUUAUUUGUUUGGACGGGCAUAUUAGUAGACAUGGUAUGGGUUGCUUUUAUGAAAGUGAAUAGUGGAUACACAGCUUCUUGUUUAUAUGCAAAUUAUGGAUUGUACCCCCAAAGUUAUUGUUGAGCAGAAUCUAUAGCAGAUUUUUGUACAUUGUAGUAUGAUGGAUGGUAUGUAAAAUCAUCUAAAUAAAGGGUUUAUUUUGCACUC